AUGGCGAUCUCGCCGUACGGCCCACGGCCUCGACGGUCCGCCCGACUCAUUAUCAUGUGGGUGGCCGUGCUGGUCAUAAUAUUCAUCCUCAUGUUCUACUUAACGUCGAGGGAUAGCGAGGCGUCGAAUAUACUGGCGAGCGAGGGAAACGGCAAGGGGAAGGGGUUCGAGGCUAAGGCGAAAAUCGUACCGUGA